CCGUCAGCCCGGAGCGGCCGUGCAUGAAGUAGAUCUGCGCUGCGGCUGCUUCUUUAUUCUAGGAGUCCGCGCCUCUUCCCGUGACAUCAUCCCAGAAGCAACUCCUUUCUAGCCAAGACCUUAUGAGCAUGGAGUCUGCUGACCUAGAUGCUUUCAGAGAAGAGAUCCGGCAAAGAGACGCCGAGAUACAGAGCCUGAGAGAGCAGCUCGCUGCACACCAUGCGGAAAAAUGCUGCACAGCACCGAAACUGCAUAAUGUGGAUGAAAAAUUGGCUGAAAUUGUAAAGACCUCUCUUACCAAUGUGGACAUUCUAAGAUACAGCAGGCAACUUGUUUUACCUGAGUUUGGAGUUAAAGGUCAAUUAAACUUGUCGAGAGCAUCUGUGUUAAUAAUAGGUUGUGGAGGAUUGGGAUGCCCGUUAGCUCAAUACUUGGCUGCAGCUGGAAUAGGACGAUUGGGAUUGCUGGAUUAUGAUGUAGUAGAAAUGAGCAAUCUUCAUAGACAAGUUUUGCAUGGAGAAAAAAGAAAAGGCAUGUCAAAAUCUGCAUCAGUUGUGAAAACACUAACAAAAUUAAAUUCAUCAGUUGAAUAUCUUCCUUAUGAGAUGAUGCUAAACCCUGGGAAUGCUCUGCAGCUUAUUCAGCAAUAUGAUGUCAUAGCAGAUUGCUCCGACAAUGUUCCUACCAGAUAUUUGAUCAACGAUGCUUGCGUGGCAGCUGGUAAACCAUUAGUAUCCGCAAGCGCACUAAGAUGGGAAGGCCAGCUUACAGUGUAUAAUCAUAAAGGAGGGCCAUGUUACCGGUGCUUAUUUCCAGUGCCUCCACCUGCAGAGACUGUGACUAACUGUGCAGAUGGUGGUGUUCUUGGCAUUGUACCUGGAAUAAUGGGCUGCAUGCAAGCUUUGGAAGUGUUCAAGCUAGCAUCUGGAAUGGACUCAUCUUUUAGUGGUAUUAUGCUCAUGUUUGAUGCUCUAGAUGGGCGUUUUCGCAACAUAAGGAUUCGUGGCAAAAAAUCUGACUGUGCAGUUUGCGGCAAUAAUUCGGAACUACAAAUCCUUAGGGACUAUGAGGCUUUCUGUGGUUCGUCGGCUUCAGAUAAGUGCAGAACAUUAACAUUAUUGUCUGGUGAAGAAAGGCUAACCGUUCAGUGCUAUAAACAAAUGCUUGAUGACAACGUUCGCCACUUGCUCAUUGAUGUGAGACCACAGCCGGAAGUAGAUAUAUGUCACCUGGAGCAUUCUUUUCAUAUACCUUUAAGUCAACUGGAGGACAGUAGUUUGAAUUGGUCUAAUGUCCUGACUGAAAGACUUUCAGAUCUGAGCAAGAGUGCUAAUGGAGUAGACAAUAAAGUGAUUGUUAUAUGCAAACUUGGAAAUGAUUCACAAAAAGCUGUGAAGAUACUACAGGAGUUUUCAGACAGAGGAGCAUACAAAUUUAUUGCUAAAGAUAUUAAAGGGGGUUUGAUGGCCUGGUCUGAAAAGAUUGAUUCCAAUUUUCCACGAUAUUGAAUUGUCAUUCCGCUAUGAAGUUACAGAUGAUUUUUGUGUGCUCUGUUAAUAAAACAUCCUGUAUGUGUG